CAUCACAUUGGUGAUUCGGCCAGCAUUGGCGACACCACCGUCAUAGCAGUAACAACACUAUAGCCGGCUAGCAGUCAAGUUUCCUGAGCUCCACCGGCGCCGGCAAGGAUGGAGGAUCACUUCGACUCCGACCAGAAGGUCUCCAAGGGCGACGACGAGGGGGCGGCGGUGAAGCCGACGAGGAGCUUCCGCUACGAGGACUACAGCACCAGGCGGGUCUUCCUGCGGAGCUACCCGCUCCAGUGGGACUGGUCGCCCGUGCCGGACGACGACGAGAAGCACGGCCUGGGCGGCGGCGGCGGCAGGGGGUGCAAGAGGCUGCAGCUAGUGGAGGUCGUGGUGGAGUGGGGCGAGGACAAGCUCCUGCUGCUCCGGAGGGCCAAGAAGCGCCUGGCGCUCUACCUGCUCGGCUGCCACUACCGCCGCCGCCCGGCGCUGCCGUUCAGGUCCGGCGGUGGCUCGGGCUCCUGCACCGCCACCAUGCUCACGUCGAGGUGAUCGAUGCCAUGACUCGCUAGCUCGUGCGUGCCCAGCAUGCCGCGGUCGAUCGAUCGAUUCAUCAACGUAUGUUCUUGGCAGUAUUUGCUUUGCUUUGCCCUCUCAAUCUAUAGAAAUAGGAAUAUAUAGAAUCAUGUGCUGGAGGCUGUGGUCGCACGUUCAUGUACAUUUUUCAGUGAAAGUUGUUAAGAGACAUUGCAGAAAGUUAUAGAUCCCAGGGUAUUCUGGGAAGGAUUAAUUGGUAGCUACAAAGAUAGCACUAUCGUUUCAA